AUGCCUCUCAUCUGCACCCUGUACACAGCAGAUGCUCCAUCCGAGGGCAUUUUGGUGCCGGCAUCCCUGUGUCCAACGACUCCAUGCUGUGUCCCUCCAUCACCACCAUGCCCAAAAAAGGCUGAAAGUGAUGCUACAGGUGAUAAAGCCAGGGUGAAGGAUGAGCCACAGAGAAGUUCUGCAAGUUUAUCUGCUAAAACCCACUCUCCAGAGCCAGAGCCCAAGCCUAAGAAGGCCCCUACAAAGAAGGGAGAGAAGGUACCAAAAGGGAAAAGGGGAUGCUGCAAGGGUGGGAAUAACCCUGCAGAAAACAGAGAUGCCCAAACAGACCAGGCACCGAAAGUUGAAGGUGCUGGAGAUGCCAACUGA